AUGGGUCUAGCUGAGCCGAAAAGGCGCUCUAAACUUGCCCAUGACCCUCGCAAUUUAGCAUGGUCGCAAUCUUCAUCCUUCGGUCAGCGACUCAUGACCAAACAGGGCUGGAAAGAAGGGCAGUCCCUCGGAAAUCGAGAAUCGGUGCACGUUGGACUAAACGAUGUUGAUCGGCUCGCAGCAGCCCGUGUCGGUGUCUUGUUCAAGGACAACAAUCUCGGGUUGGGUGCCAAACACAAGAGUAAAGAUAUUGAAGGGCAAAGGACCGGUUUAGAUGCCUUCCAAGGUCUACUCGGACGCCUGAACGGGAAGAGUGAUCAGGAACUUCAGAAAGAGGAGCAAAAAAUCGAAGACCGCAAACUGGCAAUGUACGCCAAGGGUCGGUGGGGCGGCAUGGUAUUCGUCAAAGGCGGCACACUCGUUGGUGAUCGAGAUUUCGGCACGGGGGACAAAGAGAACGAGACCGCCAACUCGAAAGACAGCAGUCCAAAGCCGGUCGAGCCAUCACCGCAGGUAGAGGAUGAAGACAACUCCACAGGCUCCAAUGCUGAAGAGAGGAUGCGAAAGGAGGAGAAGAGACAACGAAAAGAAGCCAGAAGAGAAAAACGAGAGGAGCGGGCCCUACGGAAAGCCGAGAAGAAGGCGAGGCGACAAAGGAAAAGCGCUGCAGCAAGUAGUGCUGAUGAAGAUGAAAACUCUACGCCGAUCCCAUUCCAGGCACAUAAAUCAUCCCCUUCCCAGGCUCCGGACGAGCCAGUAUCUUCAUCAUCGGGGACGGAGGACUCGACAUCCAACAGCAGGCUGAAAAGGAAACGAUCAUCUUUGGUCACCGAAAUUUCUGAGACGUCGAUGCCAAAAACCCCAGUAUCUACGCCCCUGCGUAACGGACGACAUCUGCUGCGUGGACGCAAUAUCCAAGCAAAGAGGAUGGCAUUUGCAGAUAUGAAAGGUCUAGACGAGAUCUUUAUGAAGACUGGCUAA